AUAAUGUAUUCAACUGUAAGCACUUUAAGCAUCUAAUGAUAAAGCGAUAUAUAAAACCAAUACACUGUUAAUACUAGUUGCCUUUUCAAACUUCUUUUGAGGUCCCAAUAAGUCAUUGCUCAUGUCAUUAUUAACACACCAGUGCUUUCCCAGCUCUGACCUCUCUGCCAGGAACAGGUGAGCUUUAGCUUAACAGGUGAGCUAGUUGUUAGCAGAUUCCCCGCUAAACUUCCUCCAAUAAAACCCGCCCAGUUUUAAAAGAAGGGGAGGCGUCUUCUCCUCCACCCAGUGUCUGCCGCACCUGCGCCCUGCUUCUCUGCCGACCUCCUCACCGCCCCUACCGGCCUGUUUCCUCCUCGUCAUCGCUGAUGCUUCCCUGCUGUGUCCGACUCCCCGACCGACCGUACCUCUUCACCUGCCACCAGAACUACAGCAAAAUGGCGUAGUCAUGAUAGCAACUUUCCCGUGUAAAAUGAGCAGAAACGAGCGACAAAUAACACAGUGAAGCACCGCCUCUGCCAAGGGGGGGAAAUGCAGGACGACAUCGGCAAAGCAGCAGCCGGGAGCCCGGCUGGAGUCACUGGUGCGUCCUCAGCGCAGAAUUCCAUACAUUUGAAUGGCCAUACAGUUGCUCACAAUGGCUACAACCAGACAUCUACGCCUUCACCACAGCCCCAGCCUGAAUCUAGACCUCCGAGUCCUGUGUCCACUCAGUCGGCAGCUCUCCCCAGGGAACAGUGGGGUGGAAAAUAUGAGUUCCUGCUGUCCUGUAUAGGGUACUGCGUGGGCCUGGGGAACGUGUGGCGGUUCCCGUACCUUUGCUAUCGCAAUGGAGGAGGUGUGUUUCUCAUCCCCUACUUCAUCAUGCUCUUUUUUACGGGUGUUCCCCUCUUCCUCAUGGAGCUGAGUUUAGGCCAGUAUGGUGCAGCUGGUCCGAUCACUGUGUGGAAAUGCUGCCCUCUCCUCAAAGGUAUUGGAAUUGGAAUGCUCUGUGUGUCCACACUGGUGUGCCUCUACUAUAAUGUCAUCAUAGCGUGGACAUUUUACUACCUGGGCAGCUCGUUCCAGAGCCCCCUGCCCUGGUCAUGUGAUGCUAUAGCUAAUGCAGCUAUCUGUGGUAAUAACUCCACCGGCAAUAGCUCCAGCGGUAGACACCUCAGUCCCACAGAAAUAUUCUGGAAUGAACGUGUGCUGGGAGUAGUACACAGCGAGGGCCUUCAUGACCCGGGCCCUGUCCGGUGGCCCCUGGCCCUGUGCCUGCUGGCUGCCUGGAUCAUCAUCUUCCUGUGUAUGCUCAAGGGCAUCCGCAGCUCUGGCAAGGUGGUUUAUGUAACGGCUACCUUCCCGUACUUUGUGCUCAUCGUUUUGAUCAUCAGAGGUGCCACACUGGAGGGCUCUCUUCAGGGCGUUGCUUUCUACCUCACCCCAGACUGGGGCCGCUUAGCUAAUGCACAGGUGUGGAAUGACGCAGCCUCACAGAUCUUCUACUCGUUAGGUAUUGGAGUAGGAGGGCUGCUUUCUAUGGCCUCUUACAAUAAGUUUGACAACAAUGUCAUCAGGGACACUAUAAUCAUCACCACAGGAAACUGCACCACCAGCUUCUUUGCAGGAUUUGCUAUAUUCUCAAUCCUGGGUCACAUGGCGUGGAGGAAGGGCGUGCCGGUUGAUCAGGUGGCAGAUACAGGUCCUGGGUUGGCUUUUGUUGCGUACCCAGAAGCCCUUGCUCUGCUGCCAGGCUCAGUGUUCUGGUCCAUCAUGUUCUUCCUCAUGUUGUUCAUGCUGGGCGUCGAUACGCUGUUUGGAAACAUGGAGGGCAUCACUACGGCCGUGCUGGAUGAGUUUCCACACCUCAGAACGAACACGCUGCACAAGUCCUUAUUCUUGGGCGCACUGUGUUUUUCCUUCUAUCUGAUGGGCCUCCUGUUAGUGACUGAUGGAGGGAUUUACUGGUUCACUCUCAUUGACUCCUUCAGCACUAGUUUCGGCCUCAUCAUCAUCACCCUCUUCAUGUGCCUUGGCAUCUCCUUUUUCUAUGGAGUCAACCAGUUUUGUCAAGACAUCCUUGAUAUGAUCUGCCACUGCCCUCCCUGGUGCGGCAAAGUGCUGCUUUACUUCAAAGCCUGCUGGGUUUUCUUCACACCGUUUCUACUGCUGUUCAUCCUGACCUACAUCUUCAUUGAGAUGUACAACACUUCACUCCACUAUGGCUCUUACGUGUAUCCGCGUUGGGGCAAAGCUCUGGGUGUGUGCAUUGGCGCGACCUGCUGUCUACAGAUCCUCAUCUGGGCCAUCGUGGCCAUCAGCAAGGAAACUGGAACACUGAAAAACCGUUUCAAGAGCGCAAUUCGACCCCUGAAUUCCUGGAGGGUAAAUAACAGCAGCAGCAGAGUAGAGGAGAACAUGGAGCCGGAGAGAGUGGAGGCUCCGUUCACAGUCACACUCACUGACAUGGACUUUACAGCCAUGACGUGGGAGGUGGGAAGCCAGGCGUAACAACACUUGCAGAAGUGAUGAACUCAUGAUGAUAUGCAAAUUGUGUUGUAAAGAGACAAUGAAAUUUAUUGUUUUGUUUUUCGCCCCAGCUAGUCUCUGGUGGCUGUCUCAUCAGACUGUGUCCUGCAGGCCAGUGUGGAUCAAUUGCUUUAUUUAUACUAUUGUUUAUGUGUAUAUGAUUAGUGUUUUUAAUUUUUUUUUAUGUACAUUGCGUAGAUGUUAAGGUUGCAGUAUAUCUGCUGAUCUUAUUUAUUAUCAUCAUAGCAUAGUGCAAUGAACUGUCACUGACAGCGGCCAACAGCAGCUGACGUACCAAAUGUAGGAUGUCAUAUUCAAGGAGGAGGGACCGUUGCCUCUGCACCACUCAUGGACCCGGAGAAGUGAUCUCAAAUCACACAGAUUACAUGGCCGUACUGCGUCAAGAGUUCUUUUAAUCCAUUUUAUGUUUUACAAUGAAUUAUUGCUAAAAUGAUUGCUAGAAUGAAUAAAUACAUGAAAAAUAUAACUUGCCAAAACUUGAACUUGUUUUUGAAGUCGCUGUGCACAUGUCCUUGAGAGUAGACUCUCAGAUAUCAGUUUAUCUGAUUGUCUGAAUUUCAAAUGCGCACAGAAUUAUUGUAAUUAUUCACUUCUGGUAACAGUAGACAAGAAUUUGAGCUGUGCAUCUAAAAUGAUGCAUUGUUUGUGAAAAGACAAUUGGGGGAACUUAUCUAUAGCAGUUCUCCAUUGUCAGUUUCCUCUCUGCUGUUUGUUAGCAGAGCAGAGUCCUUAUUAAGUCACUGUUUUAUUGUUUUAUCCCUGUUUAGGUUUACUAUGUGAAGGAGCACUCACUGGUCCAUCAAGACAUGAUCAUUUUUGUCUUUGCUAGGAAAUCUGUUGGUAAAAAAUUAUAUUUAAGAUGAUUUAGAUUGUUAUUGUACAAUUACUGCAUCAAUGCAUUUUAUUUAGAUUGUUUGUUAGGUAAGCUCAGUUUUAUUUAAGUUGAGACAAAAAAAAGAAAAAGAUAAAAAAGAAAUCUAAGACACCUCCCAAAAAUGUUUUCCUCAAACAAGUAGAUGAUGAUGGAUAAAUGAAACCCUCUAGAUCUGCAGUGUUUAGGUUCAAAAUCACCUUCAGCGGAGCCAAACCUUUAAACCUUUAAGAGACAUUUGUUACCAUUUUUGUCAGGCCUUUACAUCAUGAAGUUUUUGCCUUUAAUCACCAAAUUGCCAUUCUCGUGUACAACUUUUACUGUAAAUGAUCAUUUUGACAACUAUUCAUUUUGUUUUGUUCUGACUUAUUGUUGAUCUUUCUGUCAGUGCUGUCUAAUGGAAACAAUUUUAAACUUUGAGAUGAGUGUAGUUGAGAUUAAUUUUGUUUAACUGGUUUUGUUUUAAUAUUUGAUCAAGAAUACAUUUGUGGUGACAGUAAUGGGCAGUGAUGGGGUGGUUUGGUGUUGACUGAGUUCUACCCCCAGAGGGCAAUGUUUAGGCAAAUAGUAGAGAGACGGCUUAGCACGUAUGAUCCAUGUCCGCUUCCUUAAAUGUCAUAUUUACCGAUAAUAUUGUAUUAAAAGACAAUUUAGAGUGAUAUGAAAGAAUUCACUGUUAUCUGUAAUAAUCUAAUGUCUGUGUGUAUAUGUAUAUAUAUGUGUAAAUUAAAUAUCUAUCUACAUCGCUGUA